UUUUUGGUGCGACUCAACAAAUUUUUCAUUAAUUAUAUCAAGCGAAGGCUUGUGUCUUCAUCAAGCAGUCAACGUCAGCAGCACAGCCAAGCAACAGCGAUCAUGUCACAAAAACACCUAGAAGCUGGUCAGCCUCUGCCAGCCUUAAAGGAUGGCUCCAUUCGUCUCUUCAGCAUGAAGUACUGUCCAUUUGCACAGCGCGCUCGCUUGGUUCUAAAGGCCAAGGGAAUCGAUUAUGAAGUGAUCAACUGCAACUUGAAGAAGAAGCCGGAGUUUCUUUUCGAGCGAGAGCCGGAAGGGAAGGUCCCAAUCUUCGAACACAACGGCAAAGUCAUCUCUGAGUCCAACAUCAUCUGCGAUUUCCUGGACGAGGUGUAUCCCGACCCGCCUCUCUACCCCAAGGAUCCGUAUGAUAAGGCCAAGGAUAAGAUGUUCAUGGAAGCCUUUUCAUCAAAGGUGAUUCCAGCAUACUUCGGGUAUGUCAUGUCUGGAGAAAAGAACAAAGAAGCAGCCACAAAACAUCUGGUUGCCAUGACCUUGUUUGAUGCCGAGCUCAAGAAAAGAGGAACUCCGUUCUUUGGCGGCCAGCAGCCCAGCAUGGUUGACUUCAAUGCCUGGUCCUUUAACGAGCGAACUAUGGCCUCCGAUUCGCUGAUGAGCGCCGUCAAGACCAAGCUUCCGGCUCUGGACGCCUACUACAAGCGGAUGGUGGCCAACCCGACCGUCAAGGCCGUCCUCAACAGCAAAGAGGCCCACCAGAAGUACAACCAGGCAUAUGUGACCGGGACUUUCUUGUACGACUUCUAGGCUGACUGGAUGGAAAGGCACCAAGUCUUCAAAAGGAAAAAGAUUCCCGUCACUCACCGGCAGAGCCAUAAAAUAAGUUUUCUUUGUUUACUCCUCUUCAUUUUGUCUACAAAAGUAAUUCACUUUAAUUUCAGAUCAUGUCAAAUAAAUAAAAUAAAAUAACCAAUACUUUGCUAAUGACAAAACCGGUAUCAAGCAGAUCACUAAUUACGGUAAUACAUACAUUUAACCGUAUCUAGUUUUUAGGUAGGCCUAUUUUUUUUUCAAUGUGGAGAGAGUGGACCUGUGGCUUUCAGGCAAUAUUUUCUGGUCCACUAUCUCGACGAAGUAUCCGUACUUUGGUGUCAGUCUUACAGUUGUAU